AUGGGACUGGCUGGUAUGAUUGCAGCAGGUACGGUGGCUACAAGUGCUGUUGCUGUGACGGCUGUGUGUAUGCCGUUUGUCACUCCGGCUUUGCGUAAAAUCUGCAUACCGUAUGUUCCAGCUACGCCACAACAACUGCAAAAUGUUGCAACGGCGUUGUCAGCGUGUCCAACUAAAGUCUCACCUCUUGUCGACUUGGGUAGCGGUGAUGGACGUGUU